GUGGGCAUGGUCGUGCCGUACAAGGCAUUUGGCACUCGUGAAUACACGAAGGCAGCCACCACGGCAAUCAGUGUGCUUCAGCGGAGCACAAGAGGACCAAAACUAGGACUAUUCAGUCACUACGACAUCCAUGUUCACAUAACCAUGAAGGAGCUCACACCGAGUCCAACUGCCAUUCUCGAUUCUUUAUGCAAAGAAUUUCUCCCUGUGAAGGUAUCAGCAAUCCUCUACUUGAUGAACUAUGAGCAGUACGGUAGGAGUACAGCAAGUGCUCAGUAUUUCCUUCAGCUGGCUGGGUAUCUCGGCAUUCCCGUGAUAGCCUGGAAUGCGGAUAAUUCCGGUCUAGAGAGGAGAGCCUCGCAGAGCUCCCUUCAGCUGCAGCUGGCGCCGUCGUUGGAGCACCAGACAGCAGCAAUGCUGAGUAUACUCGAGCGAUACAAGUGGCACCAAUUUAGCAUUGUAACAUCGCAGAUUGCUGGCCACGAUGAUUUCAUUCAGGCUGUCAGAGAGAGAAUAUCCGACAUGCAGGAUACAUUCAAGUUUACAAUAUUGAAUGCUGUUUUGGUGACGAAACCCAAUGACCUUAUGGAAUUGGUGAGCAGUGAGUCGAGGGUUAUGCUGCUUUAUGCUACUAGGGAGGAGGCAAUACACAUUCUGACAGCUGCCAGGGAUCUCAAGAUCACUGGGGAGAAUUAUGUCUGGGUUGCCACGCAGAGUGUCAUCGAGAAUCUUCAAACGUCCAAUCAGUUUCCGGUUGGAAUGCUGGGCGUCCACUUCGAUACCAGCAGCACAAGUCUGGUGAAUGAGAUCGCAACGGCGAUAAAAGUGUAUGCCUAUGGGGUCGAGGACUUUGUGAACGAUCGUCAAAAUGCUCACCACAGCCUCAACACGACACUUAGCUGCGAGGGGCUGGGAGAGUCGAGGUGGAACACUGGUGAUCGAUUCUUCAAAUAUUUGAAGAACGUCUCAGUAGAGGGCGACCAAGGUAAACCGAAUAUUGAGUUCACUCAGGAUGGAGUUUUGAAAGCAGCUGAGCUGAAGAUCAUGAACCUGCGUCCUGGGGUCAGUAAACAACUCGUCUGGGAGGAGAUUGGCGUGUGGAAGUCUUGGCAGAAGGAGGGACUGGACAUAAAGGACAUAGUUUGGCCGGGCAAUUCGCACACGCCGCCCCAGGGUGUCCCCGAGAAAUUUCACUUGAAAAUAACCUUUUUAGAGGAGCCACCGUAUAUCAACUUGGCCCCGCCCGAUCCCGUCGGUGGCAAAUGCCUGAUGGAUCGAGGGGUUCAUUGUCGGGUCGCCAAGGAAGCUGACAUGGCUGAAAUGGAUAUCCAAUCAGCCCAGCGAAAUGAAAGCGUUUACCAGUGCUGCAGUGGAUUCUGCAUUGAUCUGCUCCAAAGAUUUUCCGAGGAAAUUGGAUUUACGUAUGAGCUCGUCAGGGUCGAGGACGGUAAAUGGGGGACGUUGGAGAAUGGAAAAUGGAACGGUCUGAUCGCCGACCUUGUGAAUCGUAAAACCGACAUGGUACUAACAUCCCUCAUGAUAAAUUCCGAGAGAGAAGCAAUAGUUGACUUUACAGUGCCUUACAUGGAGACUGGAAUUGCCAUUGUCGUAGCCAAGCGAACGGGCAUCAUCUCGCCUACUGCGUUUCUAGAGCCUUUCGACACCGCCUCAUGGAUGUUGGUGGGUAUCGUUGGAAUUCAUGCUGCCACUUUUAUGAUUUUUUUGUUCGAGUGGCUGUCACCAUCAGGCUUCAACAUGAAGACGAAUCCAUCUCCAAAUCAUCGUUUCUCCCUUUCGAGAACAUACUGGCUAGUCUGGGCAGUGCUAUUCCAAGCUGCUGUACAUAUUGACUCACCGCGAGCAUUCACAGCGAGAUUCAUGACCAACGUCUGGGCCAUGUUCGCUGUCGUGUUCCUCGCCAUUUACACUGCCAACUUGGCCGCCUUCAUGAUAACGAGAGAGGAGUUCCACGAUUUCAGUGGUGUUGAUGACCCACGACUAGCAAAACCAUGGAGCCACAAGCCAAUGUUCAAAUUUGGCACGACACCUUGGAGUCACACCGACAGUACACUAGCCAGAUACUUCAAGGAGAUGCACAUGUACAUGGAGCCGUUCAAUAAGAGCAAUGUAUUCGAGGGUAUUGACGCUGUUAUCAGUGGAGAUCUCGAUGCUUUCUUCUACGAUGGAACAGUCUUGGAUUAUUUGGUAACCCAAGAUGAGGAUUGCCGAUUAUUAACCGUGGGCUCGUGGUACGCAAUGACUGGUUAUGGUCUUGCAUUCUCGAGGAACUCUAAAUACGUUGAGAUGUUCAACAAACGUCUGCUUGACUAUCGAGAAAACGGGGAUUUGGAGCGAUUGAGAAGAUACUGGAUGACAGGCUCAUGUAAACCAGGCAAGGAAGUACAAAAAAGCAGUGAUCCACUGGCCCUCGAGCAAUUUUUGAGUGCAUUUCUGCUGCUGAUGGCGGGAAUACUUCUGGCAGCUUUUCUACUGUUCCUUGAGCAUCUCUACUUCAAGUACAUCAGGCAUCAUCUGGCAAGGAGCGAUCGGGGCGGAUGCUGUGCCCUGAUCAGCUUGAGCAUGGGUAAAUCCCUGACAUUUCGUGGCGCUGUAUUCGAAGCGCAGGACAUUAUCCGUCAGCACAGGUGUCAUGAUCCAAUAUGCGAUACACACUUGUGGAAGGUGAAACACGAAUUGGAUAUGGCGAGGAUAAGGAUACGACAGCUGGAAAAAGACCUCGAGGCGCAUGGCAUAAAGCCCAGCCAGCCCAGAUACUUAGAUGCUGUCGAGGUGUCACGGCCUAGGGAUAUGACGAGAAGCAUGGUAGCCAGCACGGAAUUCGCGGAGGGAUUUUUGCCAACAGAAAUUUAUAGGCUUCCAGAGGACGACUCCACACGAACAGAGAUAGCGGAAAUAGAGACAGUUCUGUGA